GAGGUUUCCGAGUGAGUUAUACUGACAGAUAAUUGAACUUUGAAGGAAUUUCUAAAGCUUUCCAGCACAGCUAGGUGGCACUGGAUGAUCAGGCGGGACAUUGGGAGUGUGGAUGCUGAUUUAUUCAUUGAUACUACAUGUGCCUCAGUCACACCCUGAAUUGCAGUUCUGAGCCAUGGUGCAACCGGAGAAGUUUCAGUUUGCUAUCGAUCGCGGUGGAACUUUCACCGAUAUCUUCAGCCGGUGUCCGGGGGGCAAAAUUCGUGUCAUGAAGCUGCUCUCUGAGGACCCAGCCAAUUACCAAGAUGCUCCCACCGAAGGUAUCAGGAGAAUACUACAGGAGGAGACAGGGAUGCAGCUGCCUCGGGAUCAUCUGAUUGACACCUCCAGGAUUGACUGGAUCCGGAUGGGAACGACCGUCGCCACAAACGCACUGCUGGAGCGAAAGGGAGAGCGAGUCGCACUGGUGAUCACCAAAGGGUUCAAGGACUUGCUACACAUUGGUAACCAGUCCCGGCCAAAGAUAUUCGACCUGGAGAUUGUGAUGCCGGAGGUAUUAUACGAAGAGGUAAUCGAAGUUGAUGAGCGAGUAGUUCUGCAGCAGGAUGGCUGCCAGCUGCCUAAGCAGGCUGACUUGGAGACAGCACUGGGAGCCACAGGGGAGCGUGUAGAGGUUUGGAAAGCCGUGAACAUGUCACAGCUGAAAGGGCAGCUGAUGGACAUCCUAUUGAGGGGCAUUCAGAGCCUGGCAGUGGUCCUGCUCCAUUCCUACAUAUGGCCUCAUCACGAGAAACAAAUUGGGGAUUUGGCAAAGCAACUCGGGUUCAAACACAUCUCACUGUCCUCGGAGGUGAUGCCCAUGAUCCGUGCUGUCCCUCGUGGUUACACAGCCUGCGCUGAUGCCUACCUGACACCGUGCAUUAAGAAAUACCUCAAUGGCUUCUGUGCAGGAUUCCAGGACAGUCUCAAAGAUGUUCGGGUGCUGUUCAUGCAGUCUGAUGGUGGGCUGACUCCGAUGGAGCAGUUCAGUGGGUCUCGGGCUAUCCUCUCAGGUCCAGCAGGAGGCGUCGUUGGCUACGCACGCACCACACACACGGGUGGCUGUGCAAAGCCGGUCAUUGGCUUUGACAUGGGAGGCACAUCAACAGACGUGAGCCGCUAUGCAGGGGAGUAUGAGCAUGUGUUCGAGGCUACAACUGCGGGAAUUACCAUCCAGGCCCCUCAGCUCGAUGUCAACACUGUGGCAGCCGGUGGGGGCUCCAUCCUCUGCUUCAGGUCUGGGCUGUUUGUUGUUGGUCCAGAAUCAGCUGGAGCUCAUCCGGGUCCUGCCUGUUAUCGGAAAGGAGGCCCACUUACCAUCACUGAUGCCAACCUUUGCCUCGGGCGACUGCUGCCAGAUUAUUUUCCCAAAAUCUUUGGUGCCACAGAGGACCAGCCACUGUGGAAGGAAGGGGCUCUGAACGAGUUGCAGAAAGUUGCGGAACAGGUCAACGCCUUUCUCUUUGACCAAUCACAAGGUGAUGAGGAGAACGGAAGGGGCCAAUCACCGAUGACUGUGGAGGAAGUUGCGCUGGGAUUUGUCCGGGUCGCCAAUGAGUCAAUGUGUCGACCAAUCAGAGCUCUAACUCAGGCUAAAGGUCACGAUACCUUACGCCACGUGCUGGCGUGCUUUGGAGGUGCUGGGGGCCAGCAUGCCUGCGCCAUUGCCCGGUCCCUGGGCAUGAAAACCGUCUUCAUUCACAAGUAUGGCAGUAUCCUAUCAGCCUAUGGAAUGGCCUUGGCAGAUGUGGUACAUGAAGCCCAGGAGCCAUGCAAUGCGGUGUAUGAAGGAGCCUCCUAUUCCUUUCUGGAUGAAAGGAUAGACGUGCUGGAGAAACAGUGUGUGGAUGCACUGCGUGCUCAGGGAUUUUCCAGGUGUCAGAUCAGCACGGAGGCUUUCCUUCAUUUGCGGUAUGACCGUACCGACUGUGCCCUCAUGUGUUCUGGCAGCUCACACCCUCCACGGUCUAGCUGUGACUCCUGUCGCCAUGGAGACUUCCGCGCUGUCUUCACCAGCAGGUACAUGAAAGAGUUUGGCUUCGUAAUACCGGAGCGGCCGAUCAUUGUGGAUGACAUCCGUGUGCGGGGCUGUGCCAAAUCUGCCAUCAAGAAAGAACAGAAAAUGAAAUGCAGUGGAAGAGAGCCUCGUGUUGAAACUGUGGUAAAGUGUUACUUUGAUGAGGGUUAUCUCGACACCGCUGUGUACCUCCUGGAGGAUCUGUCAUGUGAUCACACAAUUCCUGGACCUGCAAUCAUCAUUGAUAAAAACAGCACCAUCCUGGUUGAAGCAGACUGUAUCGCUGGUGUUACCCAGCUCGGUGAUAUCCAGAUCACCAUCGGCAGUGGGAAGCCACAGAUAGUCGGACCCAAACUGGACACAAUCCAGCUCUCCAUCUUUUCACAUCGCUUCAUGAGCAUUGCAGAACAGAUGGGUCGUAUCCUACAGAGAACAGCCAUCUCCACCAAUAUCAAGGAGCGACUGGACUUCUCUUGUGCUCUGUUUGGCCCCACAGGGGGCCUGGUGUCGAACGCCCCCCACAUCCCUGUGCACCUGGGAGCCAUGCAGAAGACCGUGCAGUUCCAGAUUAAUCAUUUAGGUGAUGACCUGAAAGAAGGUGAUGUCAUCCUGAGCAACCAUCCCAGUGCAGGCGGCAGCCAUCUUCCAGACCUGACAGUCAUCACUCCGGUUUUUCGAAAAGGCGUUUCUCAUGCGGUGUUUUUUGUAGCGAGCCGAGGGCACCACGCUGACAUUGGGGGCAUCACCCCUGGCUCCAUGCCACCUCACUCCAAGCUGUUGCAAGAGGAAGGAGCUGUCUUCAUUUCAUUCAAGCUGGUGAAGGAUGGAGUCUUCCAGGAGGAGGCUGUUACUGAGGCUCUCAUGGCCCCAGCUAAGAUCCCAGGCAGCAGCGGGACACGCAAUCUCCAUGACAAUCUGUCAGAUCUGCGGGCACAGGUAGCAGCUAAUCAGAAAGGGAUCCAGCUGGUCAAUGAGCUGAUCGAUGUGUACGGGUUGGAUGUGGUCCAAGCUUACAUGGCCCACAUUCAGAAUAAUGCAGAGGUUGCUGUGAAGGAGAUGCUGAAGAAGUUUGCCCAUCGAUGUCAGCAGAGAGAUGGGCUGCUGGAAGUCCAUGCUGAGGACUACAUGGAUGAUGGCACUCCAAUCAGACUGAAAGUGAAAAUCAAUGAGGCAGAGGGGACUGCUGUAUUUGAUUUUACGGGCACCGGACAUGAAGUAUUUGGGAAUUGCAAUGCCCCUCGCGCCAUCACCCUCUCUGCCCUCAUCUACUGCCUCAGGUGUAUGGUGGGACAGGACAUACCUCUCAACCAGGGCUGCCUGGCUCCAGUGAAAAUCAUCAUCCCAAAGGGAUCCAUUCUCGAUCCAUCAGCAGAUGCUGCAGUUGUGGGUGGUAAUGUGCUGACAUCACAGCGAGUUGUCGAUGUCAUAUUUAAAGCGUUUGAGGUUUGCGCAGCCUCACAGGGUUGCAUGAACAACAUUACCUUUGGUAAUGAGCGAGUGGGUUAUUAUGAGACAGUGGCUGGAGGGUCUGGAGCAGGUCCUCACUGGGAUGGACGAGGAGGGGUUCACACACACAUGACCAAUACCCGGAUCACAGACCCCGAAAUCCUGGAGAAAAGAUAUCCCGUCAUCCUGAAGAGAUUUGAACUGAACCAUGGAUCAGGGGGCCAAGGUCACCAUCCCGGGGGUGACGGGGUUAUUCGGGAGCUGCUGUUCCGAGAGAGAGUCGUCCUCUCCGUGCUGACAGAGCGACGAACGUUCUGCCCCUAUGGACUAAACGGAGGGAAGCCGGGAGCCAGGGGGCUCAACCUGCUGAUCCGGGCGGAUGGGAGGACCAUCAACCUUGGAGCAAAGACGUCUGUCACUGUUAGUGCUGGGGACACUUUCCUGUUGCUGACGCCCGGAGGGGGAGGUUGGGGCUGGGCUGAAGAUGUAACAGCCAGUUGUGAAGAUUUGCCAAGAUCGGAGCCGGUGAAGCAGAGGUCUGGAGUUUCCUUUCCCGAACGGGGAAGUGUGUUUGAAUAUAGACUGUCCCAAGAAUCGGUGUGAUCAAGAUCAACUCGAGACUCCAACAAAAUGCCCUUCCCUCUGCCAAUCAAAUUCCCGGUUAUUUCAGUAGAGCACAGGGGACAGAGGGAGACCGAUUCCCCUUCUCACUUGCUAGGUCCCCAGACAGCAAGUCCCAGAAACAGGGAUGGUGCCAGGUUUCUGUGGGAUCUUUUUCUCCCUCUCUGUCCAUCCUUCUCUCCCUCUCCGUCCAUCCUUCUCUCACCUGACUGCGCACAAUAAAAAUGAAGGGUAAUUGCCUCAGGAGAUCCCAAAGCACUUUACAGCCAGCAGCAAUACUUUAUAAAGCUUCGUCAUUGUUGCAAUAUAGGAAACUCAGCAAGUAGUUUGCACACAAGAUCCCACAAAGCACACUGAUAUAAAUGACCAGAAUUCACCUUUAUCUCCUGUUGAGGGAUAAAGAUGCUGAGACGAACUCUUAACACUCAAGCGAAAUAUUGCAGAUGCUGGAAAUCUGAAAUAAAAAUAAACAAGAAUUGCUAAUAAUACUCAACAGACAUAGACAUAGGAGCAGCAGCAGCCCAUUCAGCCCAUUGAGUUUGCUCCGUCAUUCAAUGAGAUCGAGGCUGAUCUGAUAAUCCUUAACUCCAGCUUUCUGCCUUUUCCCCAGAACCACUGAUUCCCUUCCUGAUUAAAAAUCUGUCUAUCUCAACCAUAAAAAUCCUUAAAUAUUCCACAGAUUCACUGCCCUCCAAAAGAAGAAAUUCCCCCUCAUCUCUGUCUUAAAUGAGCAAUCCAUUAUUCUGUAAUAAUGCUCUCUGGUUCUCGACUCUCCCACGAGGGGAAACAACCUUUCCACAUCUAUCCUAUCAAGUCCUCGAAUCAUCUUAUACGUGUCAAUGAGGUCACUUUUUGUCAUCCAAUCUCCAAAGAGUACAGACCCAACCCAUUCAAUCUCUCUUCAUAAGACAGUUCCUCCCUGUCUGGAGUCAGCUGAGCAAACCUUCUCUGAACUGUCUCCAAUGGCAGAAUAUCUUUUGUUAAA